AUCAAUUCUAGACGGACUCUCUGAAGUUGUCCACGGACAGUGACAUGAACGAUUGGUUUCUGGAGCGCGACGUUAAAGAUGCCGCUGUCAUACUUAACGACAAAUUAAUUUCCGAUGCCCUUCUAAAUGGAACGAUACCGAUCAAAUCUGAACAUUCCUACAGCCUUAACAGCGAUGGCGACUCUCUACCCGAUUCGCCCCACAGUCUCCACACAAAAAUGGAUGAUAUGGAAGAUGAAUGCUACCCGGCCAUUUCAUUGAAAACAGCCACAUCGAACGUCAGGGGUGUAAGCAGCACGGCAACUAUUGAUCCAAAAUGCUUAAACAUUUCAUCCAGCUCCUCAAUGAUCACUGGUAAUAAUAUGGAAACUGGUUCAUUAACCUUAAAUGCCGUGGUUUCUGCAGGUUCAACAUCUAGCGCAAACAUAUGCAGUCAGUCAAAUCCCAUACUGACCACCAGCAGCUGCAACACAAGCCAUAUAUCGAGCAUGUACAGUAAUAUAUACAAAACAACAACAACAAUAUCUACCUCAAGAUGA